AUGUCAGAAAUUGAGAAAAGAGAUCAAGAGCCUUCAUCCCCGUUCGCCGACUUGCACGAUGUCGAUUCAGCCAACGGCUCCACCACUCAGGGUUCUCCGGCAGAGUCUAUCGCCUCUGUCUACACCGCAAGAGAAGAUUUCUUCCGGCUAGAAGACCUCACCCUUGAGAAAGCCACCAACUUAGGGUACCCAACCGAGCAAACUUUUGAACAACCAUUUGAUUCGAGCAGUUCGUCUGAAGACUUGGAAAGAGGCGUCGUUGCGCCGGUCCUGGUCCAGCAACAACUUGGAGCACACGACUAUGAGAAGCCAGGUGCAUUGGCUGUGAUGAGGAAGGGUUCAGACCCAGCAGCAUCAUACAAGAUUUCUCAUCCUCCGGAUCAAUUACCAAACUUGCCACAUAAGCGUGAUCGCAAGAUACUGAGAGGCUUGCGUUAUAACCUUCUGGCAGUGUAUCAGCGACUCUUCUCCGUUGUCUUCAUAGGCAACAUGAUCGCUUUAAUUGUCGAAGUAGUGCUACACAGGCACUCACACCCGUUCGGCCCACCUCUGAGUAACCUAGCAACCGCUGUUGCAGCCAACGUCAUGGGCGCGAUCUUGAUCAGGCAGGAGUACGUCAUCAACUCUCUGUACAACAUCUUCUGUUGGACCCCUCUCUGGAUGCCAUUAUGGUUUCGCCGCGUGGUUUCAAAGCUGUACCACUUUGGGGGGGUGCAUAGUGGUUGCGCCGUCUCUGCAACCGCAUGGUUCAUCUUAUAUUCGGCACUAGUCACCAAAAGGUAUGCCGACGGAGACUUCAACGAGCCCGCGGUCAUCGCCAUCACCUACAUCUUACUGGCGCUGUUCCUUGCACUUUGCGUCUUUGCAAUACCGAAGCUCCGAAUAUUUUCGCACAAUACGUUCGAGGCCGUGCACCGUUUCGGGGGCUGGACUGCUGUUGCAUUAUUUUGGGUCGAGAUCCUUCUUGUAUUGCACGCGGAGUCAAACAUUCCUGGAACAGAUUCUUUCGGAUCAUUGGUGGUCCAAGCUCCAGCAUUCUGGUUCCUGCUCGUCGUGACCUUUUUCAUCAUACUGCCGUGGAUACGGCUUCGAAAAGUCGAAGCCUUUCCAGAGGUCCUGUCUAAACACGCGGUCCGCAUUCACUUCAAAUACUCCUACGAGAACAUUGGCAAUGUUAUUGGGUUACGGAUCACUCACAAUCCGAUGAAAGAAUGGCAUGCCUUUGCAACAAUUCCGGAUGCUGAUGGGUCAUCGUUUUCCCUCAUCGUAUCUGAUAAUGGGGAUUGGACGAAGAAGCAGAUCAUGGAGCCGGCACAUUCUUACUGGAUUCGUGGUAUUCCAGUUACCGGGGUCCUGCGCAUGGCUACCGUGUUCAGGCGGAUCGUGCUCGUGGCAACGGGCUCAGGCAUCGGUCCAUGCCUGUCUUUUCUAACCUCCCACCCGAUACCCUGCCGCUUGUUGUGGUCUACCCCUAAUCCGGUUCAGACAUACGGGGAGAAUGUCAUGCGUGCAGUCGCAAAAGCGGAUCCUGAGGCCAUGAUCAUUGAUACACGGGCUACCGGACGCCCAGAUGUGGUAGCAUUGACUUAUCAUCUCUACCUGGAGACAAAGGCUGAGAGUGUUUUUGUUAUCUCGAAUCCUUAUCUGACGUCAAAGCUCGUCUAUGGCUUGGAAAGCAGAGACGCACGCAACGGCCGUGACACAGUAAAGCUGCACGCAGCCUGGGCCACCAAGACACAUGAACUUCGAAUCAACAAUGUCCAUCUUCUUGAUGUCCUUGCCGGUGCUGCUUCUGUUCCAGACCAGCUCAUUCCGUCACGGAGACCAAGAUUGGCAAGGCCAGAGACUCUUCGUCAAUUACGAUCUCCAAUCCUGGAUGUCAUUCGGAAUGACCUCAUCAAAGUCCCGGGUUGGCAAGUCGCCCCCGCGAAGAUCGAAACCAUCCUUCUUGCCCGCCCUUCCAUUAAAAACGCUGCAGUCAUCGGUAUAUCUGCCCCCGAAGGCCACGGGGAAGUUCCACACGCCUUCAUCGAGCUCAAAUCCAAACUCUUUCAAGAGCACAUGGCUACUUCUUAUGGUGCAGCCGACGAAGAACAAGGAGGGAGAGAAGAGCUUGUCAAGGGUUAUAUAGGAGAAAGGCUAGCGCGCCAAAAGCGGCUUGAUAGUGGCGUCGAAUUUGCCGAGAGUAUACCAAUGACUGCGCUAGAGAAAGUGAUAAAGGCCAAGCUUAAGAGAAAUGGAUUAAGAGGUUCGAAUGGAUGUCACCAUAGGUGGAGCAGAGCACUUGAAGGGAGCCAAGGGGUUGAGGGCGAAACUCUCAAUGACAGGGUGACGAAUGGGAUACAGGGAGAAAUGGAUAAAGCCAAUAGGGUAUAUGCCAACGGUGAGCAGAGGAAAAGCAUCAAGCGCGCUGCCAAUGUUGAGGACAUCGUUCCUAGGAAAUAUGUCAAAACUUCACAGAAGGAUCAACAAAGCAAGCCACCCAAGCGGUUACACAUUCCCGGGCCCUGGUCGACCUCGUGUGGUGCCAGUGAGCCUGUCAAGAAUCAAGAGCAAAUCGUUCAUACCCAUACACUCAAUCUGUCAAUCAAAUAA